AUCUCAAAAACCGGGUACAGUUUGUAGAUGGAUGUGGGUUUUUCGCGGCAGGCAGAAUCAUGAAGCCAGAAUAAUGCGAAGUUGCGGUGACGGUAUUACCUCAAGUGCUGGCGGGGUCUCUUCAUAGGCGCCAUAGCCUGAGAGUAGGAGAGGACCAUAUGCCAUUUUAGUUGCUCUAGUCAAACCCCCUAUACGCCCAUCGCACUUGUCUAAACCAAGCAUCGAUCUUCAUCAUGGACUACUUUGAGCCAAAGCUCUCCUUCGAAGCUACAGAACCAGGGGACUCGCUGCUUCAGCGUGAGGUGUCGGCGAAGAGGGAUAAGCCAUGGUUUUCGAAACUACUACGCUCCCUCUUAGUGAUAGUGUUGGUUAUGUAUGUGAUUAUAUCGAGUACGAUAAUCGCGAUCAUGGUUCGCAGUAAAGUUCCAGAGCCGUAUUCACCCGCUAGCCAUAUAAUAUCCCACGAGCGACAACCCCUUUACUUUGGCGAAGAUGCGAAAUACACCGGACUUCCCGAGGAUGUGGAUGAGGCAUGGGAUUCUCUUUUAGAGCCAAUCAAUAUCAGAGUUACCGAAGAGGAACUCCGACAAGCUCGUGCAGAUUUGAGCGAGGACAUAGUUCGAUUGCCUGAUGGUGGCUAUGUGUCUGUGCUGUCUAAUGCACUGCGGAGAAACAUAUUUCGCGACUAUUACUAUUCCAAUAUCACAGCCGAAGAAGCCGAAUACAACAUUGUACACAUGACUCAUUGUGUCGACACAAUUAGACGUCGUCUAAUGUGCAAAGCUGAUAUUGCGGUUUAUACUGCGUAUUGGAUUGGAGACCAGUAUGCUCAUCCAAGCAAGGAACUUCGUUCCAAAUCAGAUACGGUGUGCGUGAAUUGGAAAGCAAUUGAGGAGUGGUCAAGAGACAGGCUUUUGGAAAGGAACAAGUACAAGGUCAAGCCAGGGCCUUAUGAGGAAAGUUUUGCUCGGAAAUAGAUUCUAUAUUGUAGAGUAUAUCCGUGAGCGCAUCCGUGCCUCAUUUGUAAGGGGGUAAAAUGAUGUAAGGGGUAAGUUCCGGUUGGUAUAGGCGGGGUUACAAGGAGUACAAAGGUAAAGAUCUCCCCAUCUAUGCUGACUGUAAAGUACCUAUAUAAAUAUACUUGGG